AGAGAGAGAGAGAGAGAUAGAGAGGAGUGGAAAACAAGUUUCACACACACAUAGAAACACCGAUUGUCAAAAACUUCAUAUAUUUACUACAUUUGGGCCUUCUUCUUCCAUCUGAGCCAUCAUCUCGCUGAAAUUUCCAGAGCUAGAGAGAGAAAGAACCCAGAAAAGAGGGCUUUUGGUUUCCCAAAAGGGGGAAAUUUGAGAGAAUGCUGAGGAAGAGAAGCAGGUCAGUUCAGAAGGAUCAGCACCAAAUGGGUCGUCUGCCAAUUUCUGAUGCUGCUGCUGGGUCUGAUGUUUUAGGGCACAACCCUAAAAGCAACUCUUUUUUCAGUGUUCCUGGUCUGUUUGUGGGGUUGAGUACUAAGGGUUUAUCAGAUUAUGAUGCAGUUAGGAGCCCAACUUCUCCUCUAGAUUUUAGGGUCUUUUCCAAUCUAGGUUACCCCUUUAGGUCCCCAAGGUCCAACCAGGAUGGGGGGCAGCAGAGGAGCUGGGGUAGCAGUAAAGUAGGAUUAAGCAUCAUAGAUUCUAUUGAUGAUGUGAAAUUUUUCGGGAAAGUUCCUCAGUCAUCUGAGAGUAAGAACAUUCUUUUUGGACCCGGAAUGAGGAUUAAUAAAAUCCCAGAGCCUCAGUCCAAUGCCAAGUGUUUUGAUUAUUCACCGAAAUCUCUGCCCAAGAACUAUGCAAUCUCCCCUCAUUCCAAAAUCAAAUCUCCUUCACAGAAGGGUAGUUCUGAUGUUCUUUUUGAAAUCGGAGAAGCCCCAUCAGAACCUGAGUCAUUCGGGAAAAUCCGGUCCUGUUCAUUAGAUUCUGGUAGAGCAUUUUCGACCCUAUCAGGAUUGAGCAACCUUAACCCCAACUCCACUUCUGGAGGUUUUUGCCCGGAAAAUUUAACCACCCAUCAAUUUAUUGGAGGAAGCCCCAAUUUAGCCACCCAAAUGAAAACUGGAUCCAUCGAGUCUAGCAAUGGGUUUGUCGGGUCUCUUUCAGCAAGUGAGAUUGAGCUUUCUGAGGAUUAUACUUGUGUAAUCUCUCAUGGUGCCAAUCCCAAAAAAACUCACAUCUUUGGUGACUGCAUUUUGGAAUGUCACUCUGAGGAUGUGAACAAUUUUGGUAAGAAUGUGGAAAAGGAAAUUGGAUUUGCCCACCCGGGUUCGAGCUUGGAGAAUUUUGGUCACUACCCUUCAGACAAUUUCCUGAGCUUCUGUUACUAUUGUAACAAGAAAUUGGAAGAGGGCAAAGAUAUAUACAUAUACAGGGGUGAGAAAGCAUUUUGCAGUUUGAGUUGCCGGUCGGAGGAAAUUUUGAUUGAUGAGGAGUUGGAAAAAUGCAAUGACCAGUCUUCUGGGAAACCUCUCGAGUCGGAUGAGGAACUUUUUGAAACUGGCUUGCUUGCCGAUAAAUAAGAGACGCCUCUCAUCGUCAGCCACCAUGCGUGUGAUUGAUGAGCCUCUCGCAGGCGCAGCUGAUCAUCCGUUUAGAAAGAGCUGUUUAUGGGCAUCGCCCGGCAGCCAUGGAUGAUCGUUUUGUAAAUUCACUCGUUUGCUAAUCGUGCUUUCAGCUUUCACGGUCUUGGUGGAUGAUAGGAUUCAAAAUUAACUAGUUUUGCUUUCCAUAAAACGAGACAUUUGAUGUAUGCCAUCAAAGUACUAUAUUUCCUUGUAAUUCAAGUAAAAGGGCGAUAGCCGCCUUUUUUGGCUCCCCAUUUUUACUACUUCAGCCUUAAGUCUCUCUUGCCGCCGGAGUUGCUGUGUAAUCUUGAACCAGUUUUUGACUGAAUAUAUAAAAAGUAGUACUAUUA